UGCAGGCUCAAAUAAAAUUGUUUGAUUGUAAUUAGAAGUUGUUGAUUUAUACUAAAUAAUUUUAAAAAUGGAACCAAAUGACACUCCAGUAAAUAACCAGACACCAACAGGAUUAAUGGCGCUAAUAGAACAUUUGCAAAAUACAUAUCCCGAUCAAAAAAAUCCAUUACAAGUAACUACGGUAUUAAAAUAUUGGCUAGGCGGAAAAGAUCCCUUAGACUACAUUAGUAUGUACUCCAACAAUGGUAAUCCAGAGAAAGAUAUUCCACCACACUGGCACUACAUAAGCUUUGGGUUAAGUGACUUGCAUGGAGAUGGACGAGUGCAUGUACGUGAAAAUGAAGAAAUUAAUAAGUCUGGAAUGGGUUUCGAGCUUACAUUUCGGUUACUUAAAACUGAAGCAGAAAUUCAUGCACAAUCUGAAGGAAGACCACAUCAGCGACCUCCAACUUGGCCAGCAACUCUUCUACAAACAAUAGCUCGAUAUUGCUUUCAAACUGGUAAUAGUUUGUGUGUAGGAGACAAUAUUCCUUGGCGACGAAGUUUGGAUGGUAGCAAUUCAUCUAUACAAAGUAUACUUAUAGCUCAAGAUCCCCAACUCAGUAGUAUUGAAACUCCAUUUGGUAUUGUGGAUUUUUGCCAGAUUGUUGGUGUAACAAACGAAGAACUUGAGCAAGCGUCACAUUGGAAUGGCCGUGGCGUAUUAAAUUAUCUUCGUCAAGAUCCUCAAACUGGUGGUGAAUGGUUAAUUACUAACAUGGCUCGAAAUCAAAGUAUAUUCGUACUUUUUCCAGAAACAUUACUAAACUUACAAGAUGAUUUAGAGAAACAGGGAUCAGAUUUAGCUGGUAUUAAUGCUGCAUUUACAUUUCGUGAGAUUAAACAAACACAAAGUUUAAAACAAGAGAUUGAUUUCAACAGCCUUAACGAGCAAUGUGCUUUGGAAGAGAAUAACAGAAUACAAGACUCACAAAUUAAACAUGAAAAUGGUAGCUUUUUACCAUCAAUGAACUUAAGUAGUAAUUCUUUAGACAAAUCUUGUCCUAUUGAAUAUCAGCCGCAAGGAUUGGAUUGCAUAUCAUUGGAUAGUAUUGAAAUAACACUAGCUCCUUGUGCUGCAAAGUUUUUACUGUUAGCUAUUAAGGAUCGUAUACGCCAUGGACGACAUUUCACUUUCAAAGCUCAACAUUUAGCACUCACACUAGUAGCUGAGUCCGUAACUGGUUCCGUUGUGAGUAAAAAUGAUCCUUAUGGUGUGAUUGGUUAUUGGAUACAAGUAUUAAUUACUGAUGAUCUUAUACCGCGUAUGAUGGAAGCCUUCCAGAAUGCAAAUUUAGACAAAAUUGAAGUGACGCAACGUCUUGAGUUCGAAUGGCCAGAUAAGAAACUUAAGCUUAUAAUAGAUAAUCCAAGCACAAUUUUUCCUACGACAUUAAAUCUAUAAUCUAAGUGUAUAAAAAACAAGGAACACUCAUUUGUCGCUAUAGUGCCUUUUUAUUAUUGUAUUAUU